UUGGAUCCGCACUGCUACACCACUUUGUUUGAGCUCUCGUCAACGAAGCAACACAGCAAACUGAGACUAUUUACGAUUAUUGACGAAGCUACAACCGACGUUUCUUGUUCCAGAACCGAGCGACUGAAUAUUACGAGCAGGAAUUAUAAAACACGCAGAUCAAAGUGCAGCCGCAGCAGAUAUUGUGUGCCCAGGAUAAAGGAGCCAGCCAUGCCUGUGACGAGGGGGAAGAAGCCCACAGCUGGGAGCAAGAUACCCAAACUUACUGCAACAAAGACUGAGAACCAGGAUGAAGGCCCACAGGUGAAGAGGUCCUCCUCACCUCCCCAUGGAGCCCCGAAGAAGAGGCCUGCUUUUAUCGACAUCACCAAUGCUCAUAAGGUUCAGAUCUGCCUUCCAGGGAGAAAGAAGGAAGCAGCGAAGAAGCAGGUGAAGACAACAAGCGCCCUCUCAGUGUCUGCGAAUAAUCAGGCCAACCUGAUUAAGUCCUCAUCUGUGAGCUCAGAGGAUACACUCCCUGAGAAACAAAAGACUGAUGCAGAGGAGAAUGAAGAGGAGGUGCAGAAGAAUGUGGCACCUCCAGUGGAGGAGGUGGUGGCUGCUACGCCCCCUGCUGCCCGUGAAGUGCCAGCACACCUCCGGAAACAAGAAAUCCCAAAGGAGUUUGACAUCGACUCUGAGAACUCUGAGGACUGUUCUAUGUGUCCCGAGUAUGCAAAGGACAUCUUCGACUACCUCAAACAGAGAGAGGAGAAGUUUGUCCUCUCUAACUACAUGCCCAAACAGCCCAGCCUCAACCCAGAGAUGAGAGCAAUCCUGAUUGACUGGCUGGUGGAAGUGCAGGAGAACUUUGAGCUGUACCACGAGACCCUGUAUCUGGCAGUAAAGAUGGCGGACCACUUCCUCUCCAAGACUCCGAUCCACAGGGAGAUGCUGCAGCUCGUCGGCUCCACUGCAAUGCUCAUAGCCUCCAAAUUUGAGGAGCGCAGUCCGCCCUGUGUCGACGACUUUCUUUACAUUUGUGACGAUGCCUAUAAGAGGGAGGAGCUCAUCUCCAUGGAGGCCAACAUCCUACAGGCGCUGUCCUUCGACAUCAACAUCCCCAUUCCCUAUCGGUUCCUCAGACGCUUUGCCAAGUGUGUGAGCGCGGGAAUGGACACGCUAACUCUGGCCCGGUACUACUGCGAGAUGAGUCUCAUGGAGAUGGAGUUUGUGCCCGAGAGGGGGUCACUGCUCGCCUCAGCCUGCCUGCUGUUGGCGCUGGUCACCAAGGACAUCGGAGGAUGGAGUCCCAUCCUGCAGUUUCACUCAGGCUAUCAGACGUCAGAUUUGGCGCCCGUUGUCCGAAAGCUCUACGAGAUGCUUUUAGCUCCUCCUGACGACAAACUGAAAGCCAUCAGAAACAAAUACUCACACAAGGUGUUUUUCGAAGUUGCAAACCUGCCAUUGGUCAACACUGACAUUUUGGAAAAAGCUUUAUCUCAGUGAGAUGUCGCUUCCUUCAAAAUAAAAUCUUGCCAGUUUGAAUUGAGUGAAAAUAUUUGAAGAAAUUCCCUCAAACCUGUAAAUAAUUUGUUAAUAUGUUUAAUAUUUAUACAUGUAGUCCAGUCUGUCUUAUAUAUUAUUGGAGAUAAAUCUUUAAUUCCACUUCCUGACGGAGAAGAGUUUUAAUGUGGGCAUUUGUUCUUAAGAAGUUUUGUAUUAUGUUGAGGUUGUUAAUAAGGACUUUUAAGUGGUACAUUUUAGAAACCAGUUGUUUUGGUAUUCUUUAAGCUACAAAAAAAAAAAAUCUAAAUUCAUUAGUAAUUAGUAAGCCCCGUCUGUGUUGAUAGUUUCAAAAGUAGGUUUUAAGAUAAUGGUGAGCUGGAGAAGGAGAUAAAUGCUUACUUUACUGAUGAAUUUUGCACCAGCCCACGUGUUUUAUAGGUUUUCAUACAGUGUUAAAGUUAGCAGAAAUGCAUGUGUGUAUUUUCAUACGUUGUACAGCGUUCUAUCAUGUUAAUAUCACGAUGCUAAUUAUUUGUAUAAAAGACGACCGGAUGAUGCUGUGCUAUUUUUAAAUGGCUGUCAUGCGUACUCUUAAAAUAAAGAUGUGUUUUUUUUAUGUGUUUGAUAAAA